AACACGAGUCCGCAGCUCCACGCCCUUACCACUCGACUAUUUCCAUCCUCCCGCAACUAUACGCUUACUGCUUUCCAGAAAACUUCAAGAAUCUCGUCUUUACAUUGUUCAUGGCUCUUGGGUGUUGUAGCGGAUUAUGGCCAACGUUAUGGCGACCACGUUCUCGGGCACGGAGCAACCAUGCAAUGGUUGAACGAGCUCCCACUUCCACUGUGGAAACCCAACCAAGUAACACGGAUCCCGACAUUCCUGCGCCAAUUGAAACCGAUCGUCCAUGCAGCACGGAUUCGGAUGUUGCUGCUCCCGCCCCCCCUCAAGAUUGUUUGCCAAAUAGUACAAGCACUCCUACUCCUGUGCUGACUGAUGAUCAAACUACGAGUUCACGUUCACUUACUGUACAUGCUGGAGAAAUACUCACGGAGUUACCCUCUUCCCAGCUUGCCGAUGGACGAGAGGAUCGCGCUGAAGCUUAUCAACCUGAUACUCCUCCAGGCAAUGAAGAUAUUCGCUCACGUUCUCAGUCUGUCUACAGCCUCACGAACAAUCCCAUUUCAGAGGAUACUCAAGGUUCUCUACCGAGCUGUAUCGCUCCCCCCGAAGGUGAUGUGGAUAUUCCUGUUCCUGCGAGCACGGGGGAAGAAUCUUCGACAUCACCCUCUUUCCGGCCUCUCAAUCGUCUGGACCCUGCAAAAGCUAAGGAGCAUGUCGAUCGCAUCCAUCGCUUUCGCAUUCUUGUCAUGGGCAGAGCAAAUGCAGGUAAAACGACAAUCCUGCAGAGGGUCUGUAACACUACAGAUCAACCAGAGAUUUUCAAUGCAGAAGGACAGAAGGUAGCACCCACCAUAGUGCAGGAUUCAAUAAAGCGUGGCUACCACAACAUUGAGGAUGAGCUGGUCUUCCGGAGUAAUCCACGUUUUGUAUUCCAUGAUUCAUGUGGAUUUGAGGCUGGAAGCAAAGGGCAGUUUGACAUGAUGAAGAAAUUUGUGAUGGGUCGUGCGAGGACACCAAAACUAAACCAGAGAAUACAUGCCAUUUGGUUUUGCAUUGCAAUGACUGACAUCCACAGGAUGGUUACAGCAGCUGAAAAAAAGUUUUUCCAAGAGUGUGAUACAGGGAAUGUUCCUGUGAUUUUACUGCUAACAAAGGCAGAUACCUUGGAGCUAGAGGCAAUUGAACAGCUUGAGGACCAGGAAUUGACUAUAGAUGCAACAAAUGUAGCAGCACUGGAAAAAGAGAUUUUGGAGAACAAUAUUGCAAAGCUCAAGGAUUGGUUGAAUGGGUUCAAAUUUGCACCUCAGCACUACUUGUCACUUGGUGGGAUGCAUGAAGAAGGUGGAGAUUGUACAUCCCUAUUAAAAUGCACAGCAAAUGCUUUGACUGUGGAUGGGCUACAAGCACUCCUGAUGUCAACACAGCAGACUAACCUGGGACUGUGUAUUGAAUUUGCUAUAUUAGAGUAAGUGGUGAAGCUUACUAGUUUUCCAUUGGGAAAGUACUGAGAGCAGCCAGAACAUUGAAGGUAUACAUAAAAAAGGGGAAGUUGAAUACUACAAAGCUGGCAUUGGAGUUGUCCAAAUGGUUUCCAUAUGUAAGGAAAAAGGGUCUUAAAUGAAUGUAAUACUAAUUGAUGAUCAGAAUGUGUGUCAAAUGGAGUAUAUUGUUGUGUGGAAUUUAUGCUCAAUGUGUUUGUGUUGCUGCUGGC